GAACAUGAACGUGACUUCGGGAGUCAAAAUGAGGCCGAAGUCUCCCAACUCGUGUCUGGACGCAGACGUGAGGCGGCGCUUCACGUUCGCCGAAGAUAACAGGACUCUCGUCAGCCCGCCGGAACACAACCAACCAAUCCCUGUGAGCCUCAGACAGAGAUCAUCUACACGCUGUAAACCUCGUCCGGUCUCCAUGCCGGUGGAGUCGUCCUCAGGAGAGCCGUCCUGCCGGCCUGUGGGGAGGAAAGGUCACAAGGAGGUGCUGCACCGGUACCUGAGUAACGAGGGGAUCAGCUCCAUCCCAGAGGAGGAGCCGUGUUUCCCGCUGCCGUACCGAGGACACCCGUCUGUCCGCGGCGUCGACCACAUCCGAGGCAGCCAGUGCUUCAUCAACGCCAACCUGCACAACUCCUCCACCAUCCCCUACCAGGAGGGGGUGUCCAAGAAGCCCUCCGCCCCCCCAUCAUCAUCUGCUGCUGCUGCUUCCCCUCCUCCGAUGUCCAACACCAAGCCCACCUCGCUGCUGGGAGGCUGGCUCGCUCGCCUCCGGCUGCUCAGCCACUGAGGAGUCUUUACUUUCCUUCACUAGAGAAGAAACCAUGGAUACUCGCAGGAACAUUGUUUUUAAAUAUCUGCCAGGGCAAGACCUUCAGAGCUAAUAGUUUGACUACAUAUCAUUGAAAACCAACUUCUGGAAUAAACCAGAAAAGGUGAAUCCACCUAAAGUCUUUGACCGGAGGAGUGACCGAAGUUUGACUCAACAAACAGCAGAUCAUGGAAUACCAACUUCUGGAAUAACCCAAAAUGGAGAAUCCUUUUUCCAUGAACAUCAAAUUAGCAUUCUGACAUUUGUAACAUUUCAUGCCUCGAGCAUCAAGUCAAAUCCUCGACCGGAGGUGAGACCAAGGUUUGACCCAGCCACUGAUGAGUCUUUACUUUUAUUAAUCAGAGAAGAACCACCUCUCUGAUCUUCAGGAUACUCGCAGGAACAUUGUUUUUAAAUGUCUGCCGUGUCCAAGACCUUCAGCAAAUAGUUUGACUACAUAUCAUUGAAAACCAACUUCUUUUUUGAGCUCCAAGUCACUCCCUUGACCUGAGGUGUGACCAUGGACCAUGGAUGAUGGAAAACCCACUUCUGGAAUAAACCAAAAAAGGUGAACCCCCAACGUUUUUUCGAGCACCAAGUCACUUCCUUGACCGGAGGAGUGACCACUGAUAAGUCUUUACUUUUAUUCACUUGAUAAGAACCACCAUUCAGGAUACUUGCAGGAACAUUGUUUUUAAAUGUCUGCCAGGUCAAGACCUUCAGCUAAUAGUUUGACUACAUAUCAUUGAAAACCAACUUCUGGAUUAAACCAAAAAGUCAAAAAGGAGAAUCCCCCUAAAGUUCAAACUUUUUUUUCCAUGAACAUCAAAUCUACAAUCUCACAUUUUUUAUAUUUCAUGCCUCGAGCACCAAGUUAUAUUCUUGACCUGAGGUGUGACCGAAGUUUGACUCAAAUAUCAUCAGAUCAUGGAAAACCAACUUCUGGAAUAAACCAAAAAGUCACCCCCAAAAAGACAUCAUGGAGCAUCCCUCCAUCCUCCACCAUCUUCUCUACGUUUGAUUCCUUUUUUUAUUUCAUUAUGACCGAACAGAACAAUUCUUCAAAUGGAGCACGGAUUUAUUAUUUCACGCCUCAUGGAGCCUCUACGUCACACCCCUUUCCUUCCCCUCAGCCAAGGUUAUUAUAUUCAAUAAAAGUGUACACUGAUGGGUUUAAAUGACAUGUUGCACUUCCUCAGGAUGAACACUUCCGACGUUGAUGACUUCUACAACAAAAGUGUUUUUUAAUGGAAGAUUAAACCUUU